GAGUGCAGCAGGGACAGGGAGGGAGAAAAACAAAAACAGAAAGAGAGAGAGAGAGAGAGAGAAAGAGAAAACGAGAGUUGACAGAGAGAGACAGGGAGAGAUUCAGACAGAGACACAGCGAUGGCUGACGAUGAGGAGGAGAUUGUGUCGGGGCCAGUUUGCUCGUACCUCACGUACAAGUCCGAGGGGGACCGGCUGUACAUGCUGGGGGAGUAUGAGAAGGCCAUCAACAGUUACACACAUGCUCUUCAACAAGAACCAAAGAACAGGAACUGUCUUGUUGCCCGUUCCCGAUGCUACCUGGCAAUGGGAAACACUACGCUUGCUUUGAAGGAUGCAGAGGCCUCCCAGUUGGGCAAUAAGGAGUUCUAUAAGGGCCUUUAUCGAAAGGCUGAAAGCCUUUACGCUAAAGGUGAGUUUGAACUUGCAUUAAUGUUCUAUCAUCGAGGACAUAAACUCCGUCCAGAUGACCGGAAUUUCCGCCUGGGUAUUCAGAAAGCUCGGGAAGCAAUCGACAAUUCAGUUGGAAGCCCUUCCUCAGUGAAGCUUGAAACUAGAGGCGACCUGUCCUUCUUUUACAGAAGAGAGGAGAAAGUCCUACCAAAAACCAAAUCUCAAUUGCGAAGGCAGAAAUUAAACCUGAAGCAGCAGAGUAUGAAAACCGAACAGGAUGCACCGAAAACCAAUAAAACAGUGCGAGUGCUUCUGGGAGAGCUAUAUGGAGACAAGGAGUACCUGGAGAAUCUGCUCAUGGACAAGGAACUGAUGAAAACCAACACAGAAAGUGGAGGCACCAUCCAGGAACUGAUCGUGAAUGGGAUCACAUUCCUGGAUACACGCACUGAGUUCUGGAGGCAACAGAAACCAAUCUUCGCCCGAGAGCGUGAGCAGCGAAUAAAGGCACAAAGCUGGAAAACCCAAAGGAAGCAAGCUGAGACAGAGCAAACAACCUUCAUCCUCCAGCGUAUGGAGGAGAUCGACAUGUUGUUGGCUGAUGGUUAUCCUGAGGAAUGUAAGACUAAGGCCAUGGAAUUGGUGCAAAUUGUGAAAGAGUGGUCACAGAGAGAGGUUCCUAACAAGGCUGAAUUCCUGGGAAACCUGUAUAACACCAUCGGGCUCGCCCAGGUUGAGCUGGGAGAAUUUGAGGAUGCUCUGACAAGUCAUCAGAAAGACCUGCAAAUUGCCAGGAAAUUUGACAACUUAGAAGCAAAAUCAAGAGCCCUUGACAACAUCGGCAGAGUGUAUGCAAGGAUCGGUGAAUUUUCAAAGGCUGUGGAGACUUGGUCAGAGAAGGAACCUCUAACGAAAACCCACCUUGAACGUACUUGGCUCUUCCAUGAGAUUGGGCGAUGCCACCUGGAACUCGGCAACAAUGUGGAAGCUCGAGAUUAUGGUCUGAAGGCUUUGGCAUCGGCGCAAAAGACGGGAGAUGAAGAGUGGAAAAUGAACGCCAAUGUACUUGUGGCACAGGCUGAACUUAAACAAAGCAAACUUCAGACGGCAGUUACAUUCUUUGAACAGGCAUUGAGCAAAGCCAGGCUGCUGAAUGAUGAGCCAGCACAGGAGGCAAUCUCAAAUGCCCUGAAAGAUAAUAAAAGGCAGAUCGAGCAGGCCGAGCAGUUGAAACAGAGGGAGAUUGAGCAGCUACAUGAGAAACAGAGAGCCCACCGGCUGAAACAGACAAAGACACAAAGUGGUGACACAGAAAACACAACCGGAGAAGUUAAAUUAGAGCAAGGAGAAACAGCAGAGGAUGGCGAAAUAGAAAAGGAGACAGCAGAAGAGGUUGAAGCAGAAAAAGAAGAAUCAGCAGAAGAAGUGACAGAAAAAGAAGAAACAGGGGAUGACAUUGAAAAUGAAAAAGAAGAAGCAGCGGAAGAAGAGACAAAUAAAGGAGAGACUGCAGAGGAAGCUGCGGCACCAAAGAAUGAGUGAAACAUGUCAGGGAAUAACUCUCCUCAGCCCACCUUUGUUGAUGUGAUAAUGUCUAGAAGCAUAUUUCUGUGUAACUAACUUUGUUUUUAUUAAUAAAUGAUAUUACCUUUAAUUUUUAAGUUCGGCCCUUGUAAGCAUGAAGACAUUGAUUAGAUUACUUACAGUGUGGAAACAGGCCCUUCGGCCCAACAAGUCCACACCGACCCGCCGAAGCACAACCCACCCAUACCCCUACAUUUACCCCUUACCUAACACUACAGGCAAUUUAGC